UUGAGAAAAACACAGAGGCAGUGUUAGUAAUACUUUCAGUCUCACCAUCUUCAAUCUCACAUAACAUACAGCAAUGGCAGAAGUGUUCUCCCUUCGCGUGCUUCUUCUCGGCGGGACCCACAGAAGAGCUUCUUCUUCUUCUUCCUCUCGCAACUCACUGAAGCCGCCCCUGGCGUCAGUUUCUGCUUCCAGAAAAGGUCCUCACACCCAUUCGCACAAGACCCAGAAGCUGAAUUUGGAGGUUUCACCUCACAGAGCUGUGUCUGCGGUGAGGCUGAUGAGAAUAGAGUUUGGUGGGGCCUUUGCUGACCUUCUAAAUGAGAAAGGGAAGGGCUCUGGUGAUAAUGAGAUGGCAUAUGUGGAAAGAACUCUCGGUUUCUGCACAAGGGAUUUAGAUGAUCGUGAUCUUAGAUUGGUUACGGACAUUGUUGGUGGGACGAUUCGAUGGAGGAGAUAUCUCGAUCAUUUGAUCAGCUCGCUUUUCCACGAUGAGAAGGCAUUUAGAAGAAUGGAACCGCUGCUUUUACAGAUUCUCAGAAUUGGUUCCUACGAGAUUGUGAAGCUAAAUAUGCCAGCAUAUGCUGUUGUAGAUGAGAAUGCGAGGCUUGCAAAAGUUGCCCUUCGACCAGGUGCUGGUAACAUGGUCAAUGCGAUUCUACGGAAGCUAGUUUUGCUUAAGGAAACUGAUUCUCUUCCUGUACCCAAAUUGGAAGGCGAUGAUCGUGCACAAGCACGUGCUCUUGCUAUAUUACACUCUCAUCCUGUUUGGAUGGUCAGGAGAUGGAAUAAGUAUCUAGGGGAAGAAGAAGCAGUAAAAUUGAUGGAAUGGAAUAACAGCGAUCCUAGUUACAGCUUAAGGGCAAACAGUGGUAAAGGUAUCUCAAGAGCCGAUCUUGUGGCCAAGCUUGAUUCAUUGAAGGUCCCAUAUGAGCUUUCCUUACACAUGAGUGAUUUCGUCCGAAUCAAAACCGGGUUACAGAAUGUGAUACAAGCUGGUUUGCUGAAAGAGGGCCUAUGCUCAGUUCAGGAUGAGAGUGCAGGCCUGGUAGUCUCUGUUGUGGAUCCUCAACCGGAUGAGCAAAUUAUCGACUGUUGCGCAGCUCCCGGUGGAAAAACCCUUUACAUGGCCUCCCGUUUGCAUGGCCAAGGUAUGAUAUCUGCGAUUGACAUAAACAAAGGACGGUUGAGAAUCCUCAAAGAGACGGCUAAGUUGCACCAAGUGGAUGGUGUCGUUACCACAAUCUCCGCCGAUCUUCGUAUUUUUUCUGAAACUAACACCGUUAAGUAUGAUAAAGUUUUGUUGGAUGUUCCAUGUUCCGGACUUGGUGUUCUCUCCAAGAGAGCGGACUUGCGUUGGAACAGGAAACUGGAGGAUAUGGAGGAGCUUAAGAAUUUACAGGACGAGCUCUUCGAUGCAGCUUCCUUAUUAGUAAAGCCCGGCGGAGUUUUAGUAUAUAGCACCUGCUCAAUAGAUCCUGAAGAGAAUGAAGAUAGAGUUGCUGCAUUUCUUCUAAGGCAUCCGGAGUUCCACAUAGAUCCCGUUGACAGAUAUGUCUCCACAGAUUUCGUAACCGCAGAAGGAUUCUAUUUUUCCCAUCCAGUGAAACAUUCACUCGACGGGGCCUUUGCUGCCCGUCUAGUUCGAGCAUAGAAAUCCUGUGCAAUUCCUGAAUUACACACUUCCAGUGGUGAAUUAUGCCAGUGACUGCUGAAUCUCCUGCAAGAGUAUUCGUGUUUCUUUCUGAGAACAACAAUGCUGCCUUCUACGGUCCUCCAGCUUCACGAAAAGACGUGUUUCCAUAGGCACGCGCAUAUGAUCUUUCCGAGGUGUUCCUUUUGUUACUGCAUCGAAAUAAAAUCCUUGGUCCAGAAAGAACAUCCAUUCUCAUAGCCCGUGUCUCAUCGACAUUGCAACGCUUUCAAACUUCUUCUUUGGAAGCACGGACCCACAAAGCGGUGCCUUGAUCGAAGACGAGAAGAGGCGACAUUGAGGGGAAACUUUUCAUCAUAUCAGGAAAGGCUGGAGAAGCUUCAAAUUUGAUCUGUGCAGGUGAAGAGAGACUGCACCAGAGAAUGCAAUGUGUACCAAGUUAAAAAUUGAACAAGCAUUGCUUUUAAAGUAUACUCUUGUAUUAUUAAUUAAAAAAAUGGUGCACAUCAUUAAAAUCAAGUUUAAUGCGUCAUAUCAUGAGUAGAACGGUGAAACAAAUGUGUUAAU